CAACCAUCGAUGGCAUCAUCUGUCGAUGAACGUCGCAACUUGGCUCUUGGUCCAGCAAGUCUCUCUAUCUAGCGAAACUAUAAUUUCAUUGGACUGCGAGAGGCAUUCAACAACAGCAAUGGCCAAGCGGAAGCGAGAUGGGGCGCCGCCUACAAACGACGAGUCUUCAAAACAGGCAACAAAACGCGCCAAAGCUCCAGUUGCGGUUCCAUCUCCAUCUCCAGCCUCCGCCGCCGCCCAGUUGGUGAUUCAGAUCGUCGCUGGUUCCUACGACCGAGUACUCCACGGGCUCACUGCAAGAAUAUCAACCACAGAUGAUGCGCCUUCGGUCGAAUUCGCAGAUACGUUUCUCUUCGAUGCGCACACGUCGGCCAUAAAGUGCCUGGCCGUCUCGCCGCCGUCGGCGCCGGCGCCUGGGCAAAGCCAGAGCGUGAUGCUGGCAACCGGCGGGACGGACGAGAGGAUCAACGUCUAUACGAUAUCGGCGCAUCCCCCGCGGCGCGAUGCCCAGCAGCAGCAGAUCUCGUCGCUCGCCCCGCGGCCGGUGCUGGAGAACUCAAAGAACCGGGAGCUGGGCACGCUGCUACACCACUCGUCUACCAUCACGAAACUGAGCUUCCCGACGCGCUCCAAGCUCAUGUCGGCAUCUGAAGACUCGACCAUUGCCGUCACCAGGACCCGAGACUGGUCCCUCCUAUCGGCCAUAAAAGCUCCUAUCCCAAAAGUGUGGGGGCGGCCCAGCGGCGACACGGCGCCCCUCGGUGGGGUGCCUUCGGGCGUCAACGACUUUGCCGUCCACUCCAGUAUGAAGCUGAUGAUCAGCGUCACCAAGGGCGAGCGGUGCAUGCGUCUAUGGAACCUGGUUACCGGCAAGAAGGCGGGCGUGCUCAACUUCGACAAGGACCUUUUGCAUCAGAUGGGCGAGGGCAAGCUCUCGAUGGGCGAGGGGAGGAGCGUGGUAUGGGGGUCGGCCGAUGGCGAGGACGAAUUCGCCGUCGCAUUCGACCGGGAGGUCCUGGUCUACGGCAUGGGCGGCACGCCCCGGUGUAGGGUCGUCAGCAACACCAAGAGCAAGGUGCACCGAAUUCGCUACGUGCAGGUGGGCGAAGACGACGCAAGUUAUCUGGCCGUGUCGACCGAGGAUGGCCGCAUCUGCCUGUACUCGACUAGAGACGAGGAUCUACAACAGCCCAAAUCCAGAGAGGGUGCCGGAAAGAAGGAGGAGCAGCGGGUGCCGACAGCCAUGCUGGUCGGAGUACUUGGAGGACGUGAGCGCGGCGUGACCAGCAGGAUCAAGGAUUUUGUGAUACUGCCGGGAGCUGCAGCCUCUGGGGCGAAUACCAGGCCCUGUAUUGCUGUUUCGGGCAGCAGCGACGGCAAGUUGGGGAUAUGGAGGUUAACGGGGGGCGAGCUGGCCUCGGCUCGCGGAUCCGGGGGCGGAAAGCAGGUGGGAAAGCUGGUGGGGAGCUACGAGACACAGAACCGCAUCACGUGCAUCACGGCAUUCGAGAUGAUACCCAGACCGGAGGGAGCUGAUGACGAAAGCGACCGGGAGGAAGAGGAGGCGACGGACGAAGACGAGGACAAAGACGAAUAGACAACCAAUGGCAACAGAUGGUUGAUGAAGACUAUGGAGCCAUGUGGUGAUAUUUCACGCCCUACAUCUAUCUUGCCAUCGCGUAUAUGGGCCGUUAAGAGUUACUCGAUAGAAACAGUAAUGUGCCCCGGAAUAGGCAUAAUGAUUUAGCUGCCUGGGUCAGGAUCUGAACCAAAAACCCUCUGCCUGAGGAACACAUGUAUCGUCUCUGCGUCAUGCAUGCUCGUCAGUUGUAGUCGAAGCUUUUGUGGCCUGAAAUUUGGGUUGAGAGCCAUGUAUGAUUGGCACUCGAGCAAGUCCAUAGAUACAGGUAGCCAGCAUGGCCAGCCACGGCAGCAACAGGAAUUGGAAGCCCCCGUCCCCAAUUUCCUGUGCCAUGUUAUCCUUUCCCGUCCCUCGUAUCUAAUGUUUAU